UCUCCUCCCCACAAUUUCCAUCUUUAACAUCACCUUACACUCAUCACUCAAUUACAAUAAUGUCUUCAAAAGACUCAAACUUGUUGAACAACUUUAAGAUUCCGGAUUACAUUCUCGUGCCGGAAUCCAAAACUCAAAGCAUUGAGGUCGGUAACGAUCAUGAUUCGGUCCCAAAGUCUCCGGUUCUUGUUUUUAUUAACUCCAGGAGCGGUGGACAACUCGGAGGGGAACUCUUGAAAACAUAUAGAACUCUUCUUAAUGAGAAACAGGUUUUUGAUUUGGGGGAAAAUGCUCCUGAUAAGGUGCUGCAUUCAAUCUAUGCUAAGUUGGAAAAUCUCAAGGUCCAGGGUGAUCAAUUUGCCAUGAAGAUUAUGGAGAGGCUGAAGUUAAUUGUUGCAGGAGGUGAUGGAACAGCAGGGUGGUUACUUGGAGUUGUUUGUGAUCUCAAAUUAUCUCAUCCACCACCAAUAGCCACAGUUCCCUUGGGCACAGGGAAUAAUCUUCCUUUUGCAUUUGGUUGGGGGAAGAAGAACCCCGGGACGGAUCAAAACUCAGUUGAGCAAUUUUUAGAUCAAGUCAUGAAGGCUAAGGAAAUGACAAUAGACAACUGGCAUAUCGUCAUGAGAAUGAGAGCUCCUAAAGAAGGUUCCUGUGAUCCAAUUCCGCCGCUCGAGUUACCGCAUUCUUUGCAUGCAUUCCAGCGUGUAUCUGCGGGAGAUGAACUUAAUGUGGAAGGUUACCACACUUUCCGUGGAGGGUUUUGGAAUUACUUUAGCAUGGGCAUGGAUGCUCAAGUGUCCUAUGCAUUUCAUUCUGAACGAAAGAUGAAUCCUGAAAAAUUCAAGAACCAGUUGGUUAAUCAGAGUACUUAUGCUAAGCUUGGAUGCUCACAAGGAUGGUUUUUUGCUUCCUUAUUCCAUCCUGCUGACAGGAACAUAGCGCAACUUGCGAAAGUAAAAAUUAUCCGAAGGCGUGGUAAAUGGGAAGACCUACCUAUACCUCCCUACAUCAGGUCAAUUGUGUGUCUUAACUUGCCCAGUUUUUCCGGUGGAUUGAAUCCAUGGGGUACACCGAAUCAGAAAAAGCUUGAACAGAGAGAUUUGACACCACCAUUUGUGGAUGAUGGCCUUUUAGAGGUUGUUGGUUUUAGAGAUGCAUGGCAUGGCCUUGUUUUGCUUGCUCCAAAAGGACAUGGAACUCGUCUUGCUCAGGCGCAUAGAAUCCGGUUUGAGUUCCACAAAGGCACAGCAGAUCACACAUUCAUGAGGAUCGACGGGGAGCCGUGGAAGCAACCUCUCCCAGUCGAUGAUGACACCGUUGUGGUGGAGAUUUCUCACCAUGGCCAGGUUAACAUGCUUGCCACUGAAACGUGCAAGUCUACGAGUGUGAAUGAUCCUUUAUCACCGCGCCACACUGAUGAUGCGGAGGAAGAUGACAGCGACGAGGAUGAACACUCUACAGGAGAGGAGUUUCGGAAGUUUGGUGCAGCAGACACAUUUAGAAUUCCAGAUGAUGUUGAUAUUUCUCAUCUUAGUUAGCUCACUCACUAUAUUAAAGAGAUUCUUCUAGUGUUAGUAGUUCAUAUUUAACCCCUUCCAACUAGAGGUAUGCUCAUUCAUUCUUACAGUAAU